UGUACGGUAAAGAUGGCAGAAGCAGACACUGAUACACAAUGCUGUAGUAUCUGUCUAGAUGAUUUCACUAAAGCUAAAAUACUGCCAUGUUUUCACACGUUUUGUCAACAAUGUAUAGACGACUAUAUCAAAGCUCAUUCACAUCUCAACAAGUUUAAUUGUCCUAAUUGUAGAACACAGGUUCAAGUACCUGAUGGAGGUGCAAGUGGGUUUUCAACAAACUUUUACAUCCAACCAAAAGGUGAAACACAAAAUCAUUUCUGUCCAAGACACAAGGCAAAAGAAAUAGAAUUUUAUUGUCACGAUUGUUCUGUUGCUGUUUGUUGUAAAUGUGUUAUAUUGGAUCAUACAACUCACUCAAAAACAGAUCUUACUGAUGUAGACCAAGAACUGAGAGGAAAGUUAAACAUUAUAAAGCGGGAGUUAGAAGGAAAGAUUGAUGAAGUCAACAAACACUGUGAAUCUUUAACCAGUCAAAUAUCUGAUAUCAAGAACCAAGCUAAAAUAGCCUGUGACAAUGUUGAUCAAGAAGUUCAAAGAGUUUGUGAAGGGGUCAAAAAACAUGGUAGUGAUAUAAAAUGUGAAAUGAAUAAAAUUUGUGACAAAGAAAGUAACAAGUUACAGACAUUACAUGGAGAUAUGAUCCAAUUCAAAAGUUCGCUACAGCCCAGUGUUAAAUAUAUAAAUGACGUCCUGAAUGGUAAAUCUACUGUUCCAGUUGUAGAUGCUUUAACCAAUGGACACAAACUGACUGAAGAUAGCAGAUCAACCAGUUUUGAUAUACCCACAGUAAGAUAUGUCCAUUAUACUAUGGUAGAUAUAGAUGUUACAACUUUACGUGAAUUACUAGGUAAAGUAGAAACAAUGGAGUCACCAACCUGGACGUCUAGUUUUAGUUUGAAUCAGAUAGUGAAGAGAGAUGAGAUCUACGAUGGUGAUGAUGUAAUGAUACAAGGAUUACCAUGGUGUGUAUAUGUUAUAUAUCAUACAGAUACUCCAUCAGGAUUAGGGUAUUAUCUGAUUCUGAGGAGUGUAGAAGAUAAAACAGUUAAAACCGUUACAGCUAGUUGGACACUAAAACUAUUAAAUAUAAACGAUGCAAGUAAAUCUGAAGUACAACAACGUACAUCUACAUUUACACCUGGUGCUGGUAAAGGAUGGAGGAAUCUCAUAGCGUGGAAUAAACUAGAGGAUGUAAAGGGAGGGGAUAUUAACAAAAAUAAGACAUUUAGUGUACAGGCUUCUGUACAAAUAAACAAAAUAGAACGCCACUAACAUUUAUAUUACAGAACAUAGUACGAUUGAUCGAUGUCAUCAUAAUACAUAGAAAUAUCUCCCCUCUAAAAUAUGUUAGUUCAAUCACAAACAAAUGGAACUUGGUUACUUGCAUGUCAAAUAGAUUUUAAUGUUUAACUUUAACUGGUUCCCGGAUCCAUUCACUGUAUUUGAUAUUUGUUGUUUAUUUCUUGCAAUAUCUGUGUAGUAUGUCUUGUCCACAGGUUUGUCUUGUCCGUUUUGUUUUGCAUGUGGUGUGGUCCUCCUGCACUUACUAACAGAAUAAGUUAUGCAUCAAAGAAUGUGUUUGUAAUGGCUGUGUGUUUAAAGGACACAAUGGUUCUGUGUCCAAAGGUCAUGUGUGCAAUCGUUGUGUGUCCAAAAGUUGUAUGUGUGCAAAGCAAACCAAACAAACAAACCAGCGCCACCUAUAAGUGUUAGGUAAAAUCUUUUGAUGGGCCUCUUUUUUACCUGACUGAAUCCAAGCUUGAAUUGUUAAUCAAAUGAGAAUGAAGGAUUUUACCUAUUUUAUUCUGAAGAUCUGUGAGAACACCUGUAGCAGCACCAGCGAAUUCUGGUGUAAUAUACAACAAUCUGAACUGACCCCUGAAAACAUAACGUUAAUAUCAGGUUAACCAGACAUAUAGACAGGAUUUUCCAGCGCAUUUUUUUCCCUGUCAGUGGUGCAGAACGGAGGGCUGACAAGGAACAGUGUAGAUUCAUUCAGAUUGGACAGAAAAAACGUGAACCUGUGACAUGUUGCAAGUUAGAAUUUGAAAUUGAAAUAAAAUUCAUUCUGAUUAAAAUACAGAUCUAUAACAACUCUUCCAGAUCCUAGUGUAGUGAUUAUUACUGGGAAACUGUAUCAAUGUUCAGCAUUGUAUCAAGUUUUACUGUUUUAUAUUUUUAUAUGCAAGAGUACACCAUGAUGGUUUAUAUUUGUGUAAGAAAGUUGUCAUAAUUAAA